UAUGUCUUGCACAGUGGUCUAGUGCCUGCUUUGGCAGGGAUAAGCCAUGUUGCCAUACAGUUCCCUGCAUAUGAGAAGAUUAAAUGUUGCCUGGCUGAACGAGAUAAUACUACAGUUGAUUCGCUUACUGCUCGUGAUGUAGCUGUUGCUUCAUCUAUCUCAAAGAUAGUUGCAUCGACAUUGACCUACCCUCAUGAGGUGGUACGGUCAAAGCUUCAAGAACAAGGUUUUCAUGCUGAGAUGCAGUAUAAAGGUGUCAUUGACUGCAUAAAAAAAGUCUUUCGGAAAGAUGGUAUUUCUGGAUUUUACCAUGGUUGUGCAACAAAUUUGCUUCGAACAACUCCAGCUGCUGUAAUUACAUUUACCAGCUUCGAGAUGAUUCACAGAUUCCUAACCAAUUUAUUCCCACCCGAAUCAAAUCCACAUGUGCUGUAAUCAGGGAUGAUGCUCUGUCUACAAAAUGUUGUCCUUGAUGAACCAGCCAACACAUACAUUCUGUGCCAUGCUGCAAUUCUUUUACCUGAAGGCUGCCUUCUGGUACUGACCUUAUGACUUCAACUACAAUCAUGAGCUAUGACAAACUUCCGGUGAUGAAAAAGGAAGUAGGAAAUUUUGGAUCUAUAGAAGAACAUGUCGUAUUUGGAAGCAUAAAGCAAUUGGAUGACCACUGAAAUUAUUAUUAGUGAGCUUUUGAGUUCUUUUGGUGUUCAUUUGUUGUUACGCAAGAUUUUGCAUUCUAUAAGAACUAAAAAAAUUCAUGCUAUUUUAGGGAUGAGAUGCUGAGACAAAAUUGUCACUAGUGAACUACGAUUUUAUUUGGAGCUCAUUUUUUUGGGAUAGUUAUUGGUAAAUCAGAAUUGUAAAACUGAUGCUGAUCCAUUAUUCAUAGUCAUUUAAUAUGUUAUAGAAGACAGCAAAAUUAGUGUGCGGGUCCUACACAACAGAUAUGGCUACCAAAUUUUUGGUCA